AAAAUCUACCACUUUGUUGUAGCAUAGCGUGUGAAAAAUAAAAAGAAAACUUGGUUUUAAAAAAACUAUUUUUUACAACUGUGUAAUUUGUUUUUCGGUGGUCAGUUAGCGUUCAUUUCCCCUACUCGGCUUUUUUUGGAAGGAAGUUUUAAAGACAAAUAUAUCUCUUUUUCCGUCGCUUAGUUCGCUAUAUUUGUGUUGCUUUUCAAUAUAUUUUUGUUGUUAUGCAAGUGGCGCAAAGCUUCGCUUCGCCUGUGUUGAAAUUUUUUAUGUGAAGAACAGGUCGUAAGAAUAUCUCCUACAUAAGAUGCUAAUUCCUUAUAUAGUAGAGAAGCAAAAAAGAUUUAGUAGUGGUUUAAAAAAACUUCGAUAACACCAGAGCACCCAAGCCUCGGAUGUUUUUGGAUUCUGCUAGCAGAAGCCGCACCGUAACAGAAUCUUUGCUGCUAAAAAUAACUAUAGAGUGUAGUUGCAGGAAAUUUUUUUUGCAGGAACUCUCCAAUGAUAAGAGCAGGUUUUUAAACAAAUCUUUAGAAAAACCAGCGAAUGUGAAGCCUCAUUUAGCUGUUUGUUUGUUCUAAGGGACAUUGCUAGACCUCGCCCUCUUUCUUUUUGAACAUAUCGCCCUCUUUCGUACUGAACAUCUUAAAAGUUUGGUGAUGAAAAUUUAACGAAUAUGUUAAAAUAAGUAGGUCAGCUCAAAAGACACCAAUAAAUGCUUCAAAGGGCCGUACGCUAUUUGAAUGUUCCAUUUUCAAACAUGCUACUAAUAGUUUAAUUUCGGAGUGUUGCGAUUAUUCCAACUAUUUCCGCUCAACAUUUGCUGAUCAAAUAUCCAUAUCGCUCUUUAAUUGAGCUUGACAUUUCAAUACUGUUCAUCGUGAGAGAAGUUUGUUUCUUAGUUGAGAACGAUUUGAUUUGUAAAGUAAUAGCUUUGUGCUUAAAAUGGACUGCUUGUUGGCAAUCACGAAGAUUUUUUUCUUCAUUUUCACCCUUGCUCUGUGGGUGGUGGGAGUUGCUGCCUUCGGACUCUCUGUGUACGUACUGGUGAAGUAUGACUACCUGUAUGACACUGCGGAUACAUACACAAUGUCCUACGUCUCCAUCACAAUCCUCAUUGGCUCUGCUCUUCUGGUGAUUCUGGGAUUCCUGGGUUGCUGUGGAACUUGGAGAAAGAGCAAGUGCAUGCUGUACCUGUUCGCAGUCUUCCUCGGCAUCAUACUGAUCGCUGAACUGGCUCUAUGUUUUUAUGCUGUGAUUGAGCGAGCAGACAUUGACGACACGGUCACCAAGGGACUCGAAAAGACCCAGAAACAAUAUCUGACGGACGAGAACACGUUCAAAGCGUGGGACACGAUGCAGAGUGAGCUUAAGUGCUGUGGAGUGGAACAGGGGCCCUCUGAUUGGAAUGAUAUUCUAGGAAACCGGACAGUUCCCUACUCGUGCUGCGCGAGUAGCGUGUGCAAAGCGACAAAAUACCCCUGUGACGGUAGUUCGGACAUGAAGGACAAGCCUGAUUGUGCAGCGCCAGUCGGAGGCGUCGGCGCUUACUCGGACGGAUGUGGAACCAAACUGACAGAUACUCUUAAAGACAACUUCGCCAUCAUCGCUGCCUGUGGACUUGUGUUCGCAUUCCUGCAGCUCCUCGGAGUGGUCUCGGCUGUACAGAUUGGAGGAUCUGUCUACAAGGCACCGAAUCAGUAUGCCUAAAUCGAAGCAGAAACGCAUUUGUGGUUUCAAUGGGCGACAAAUCACUGGACGGGUUUCAUAUAGAUUAAAUGACUGAAUCGAUCAUUUUUUUGUCAUAGCUAUUUUUGUCUAUCUAUUCUCACUAGCUAUUUAUUUACUAUAUAAAAGCGAAAAGAUUAAUACCCAAAUUUUUUGCCUCCUCCCGGUUAUGAAUAUUGUUCCUAUAUUAAUAAUUUAAGUGUUCAAAAACUG